AUGGAGAAUGGAAGCAUCUCAACUGUGACUGAAUUUGUCUUCAUUGGCUUCCCCCAGCUCCAUAAUGGUGGCCUCCUGUACUUCUUUCCUUUACUUUUCAUCUAUACCUUUGUUGUUAUUGGGAACUUACUGAUUUUUGUUGCAGUGAGGAUAGAUACACGUCUCCACAAUCCCAUGUAUCAUUUUAUCAGUCUCUUCUCAUUCCUUGAGAUGUGGUACACCACAGCUACCAUCCCUAAAAUGUUAUCUAAUCUAAUCAGCAAGCAAAAGACUAUCUCUUUCAUUGGUUGCCUCUUACAGAUGUACUUCUUCCAUUCGCUUGGAAACACUGAAGGGUUUUUGCUCACUGUCAUGGCCAUUGACAGGUAUAUAGCCAUCUGUAACCCACUCCACUAUCCAACAAUCAUGACACCCCGGCUCUGUGUCCAACUCUCUGCAGGCUCUUGCGUCUUUGGUUUCCUAAUCCUUCUACCUGAGAUUGUGUGGAUUUCAACUUUACCUUUCUGUGGUUCCAAUGAAAUACAUCAGAUCUUCUGUGAUUUCACCCCUAUACUGAAUUUGGCCUGUACUGAUGCCUCAGUGAUCCUGGUCCAAGAUGUGAUUCAUGCUCUUGCUAUUCUAUUAACAAUUCUGAUUAUUUCUCUUUCUUACAUCAGAAUUAUCAUCGUGAUCUUGAAUAUCCCUUCAGCUGAAGGCCGCAAAAAGGCCUUCUCUACCUGUGCUGCCCACAUUGCCGUCUUUGUGUUGUUCUUUGGCAGCGUGAGCGUCAUGUAUCUUAGAUUUUCUGCUACUUAUUCACCUUUCUGGGACACCACCAUUGCUCUAGCAUUUUCUGUACUUGCUCCUUUUUUAAAUCCUAUUAUAUACAGUUUGAGAAAUAAAGAUAUGAAAGAAGCUAUUAAAAAGCUCCUUUGUUCUCAAAAGGAUUUUAAUAUAUCUAAGUAA